AUGUUGACAAGAAGAGACUCGUACAAACAAACGGAUGCCAAGAUCGCCUUGCUAGGAUCCAGGCAUGUAGGAAAAUCAGGUGAGUUCAAAGUCAACCCGUGCCUUUCUAUCUCACUUUGAAAUACAGUUCUUUGUAAAUAUGCGAUAUGAGGUAGAGACGCGUUUGUAGGCCUUGAAGACCCGCAUCUAUUCAGUAUACUCAACUGUACUUGCAUUUAACACCUACACGCCUGAGACCCACACUGGUUUCAGCCAGUUUAUACCUUUUCUGCAUUUCUUUCGACGGACUCAGUAUUAUUUAUUUCUAUAAUUUGGCAAUCCACCCUAACACACGUAACAAGUUUCAGGGCUACGACUUGAAGUUGUUAUCCGUGAUUCCAGUCGCAGUUUCAGAGCAACAGGAAACAAGACUGUUUUGCACUGUGCCUCAGUUGGUACUAAGUUGUUUAGGGUAACCCCAUAGUGUACAAGAAAAAGAAUCUAUUUUGAAAAAUUUCUAAAAAGGAAGCGAUUUUCGAGAAAUGAAUCAUGUUCGACACUAUUUUUCCAAGCUACUUUCUCCGAAGAGGCCCCUUAUGACACCUUGCUGAACUGAAAAGCCACCGUACUUUUGCCAAAAGUGGGGCAUAAACAUUGCACCGCAUGUGUUCCGUUAGGAAUAAGGUUUAUAAUAAUAGUCCUGCACAACUCAGUAUGUAACAGUAUGAGCAUUCCUGUCUAGGUCUCAUUGGCAAUCGAUCGAGAUGGGUGUCUGAUGAAAAUAAAAAUGACAGGAAUAAUAAGAAAAGAAUCAAAGUUCCAAAAUUUAUUCGCUUUUGGUCUGGAUUCAGAAAUACUACACUGAAGUUCUUUCAAAUAUAUCAGGGGCGCUCGUUCAAUAGCUUUAAGUCUGAUUGUGUAGAUGUCGUAUCGGCCCCGUUCCGAGAUGUGUACAAUGCUUAAUGGGCUAAUUAGGCACGUCAGUGACACCAUCCAUCAUAAUAAUAUAGCUUUUGUUUUUCUCUUCUGCGGAGUCAUGACUUCAAGUGCUAAGAGGGUAGAAAGUGACAGGUAUAUCAAAAGAGUAGAUCAUGCCAAAAGAAACUUUACUCGAUAAAUCACUCAAUAACGACUACAUUAACCUCUACUGUACUUUCUGAAGUUUUUUUCUCAAAUCAGUUGAAGUUUUGGACCGGGCGAAUGAUGUAGACUUAAACUGAACUCAGAAUGGCUACAAAAGUUCGCACUGACGACAUUGCUAGCAUUUGAGUUUCAAGAUGAAAGUAAUGCGCUGUUUGUAAGGAUAAAAUGCAAAAUGCAACCUGUAUUUUAAAGAGUUUUUGUCACUCCAAGCACUCAUGUCCAGAUUAUAAAAAUUGCACGAAACAAAAGCUGUUUACCAUCAACAGCAAUCGUACUGAAAGCUUUUGAAUAAAUUAUCCAUUGUUUUUUGAGCUAAUGGAGAUUUAAAUGGAUCAAGGAGAAUGACAAUGACGAUUAGCAAAAUGGUGAUUAAGCACUGAUUACAACCAGAGGAUUACAACCAAAACGUCACCCUCUGGCAGAGUGGCGUUAACAUUCCUAACUGAGAGGGACCAAGGAGGGGGGCAAAUCCAUCUAGCAAGUAGAUUUAUCCCAAGCAUGUACGCACCAGAUGCCCAUGUAUAUGUUGCAGUUAAUUUUUUAUUUCACUUAAUUUUUAUAUUUCCUUUGUUUCAAAUUCAUUAGCAUUCAUUACCAUACCCAAAAACAAUCGAAAAAUAAAAAUUAACUGAGAUAAAAAAUUAACUACAACAUUUACACGGUCAGAAAUGGCCUCGCCAACAUCUUGAGCAACCUCUUCCAUUGCGGAAAAACACCAGAAGACCUCGGGUUUAAUGCUGGUACACAGAUCGAAAAGCCCGGGCACUGGAUGCAACAACAAUAACAUUGUCGAUUAACUUUCAGAAAUUGUGUAAUCAUUUAUCGUUAUGUCUAAAACCCCAAUGUUAUCCUCCUAAAUCUUAACAGACGAGAAAGUGGAAGACAUUUUCCUGUUUCCCGCGACUUCUCUCGGAAAGAGGGAAGUGACUCUAUUGAGCAGGAAACCAACAGGUAUUUGCAAAGUUACCCCUAAUGAGUUCAAUUCCUGAGACCACCCGAUCUUACAUUAUGGCUGACGUCUUUAUUUUCGGUGUAGAAACCAAAAAGACUCGCGAGCCAAUAACAACCUAACUAAUUUAGCGGUCUAUUUCUGUCCAGCUAAAAUAGAAUGGCCGCGUUUACAUACCUGUAAUAAUAUCAAAUUUGACUGGUUAUUACUCAAACCGAGUGUCUGCCCUGAGAUUUCACAUAACUAUGCCAAUGCAUUCAGAGUCUAUCGGCUGGGUUUUUCUAUUGCCUUUAUGAACGAAAAUUUUAGAAGCUUAAUGAGGUGAUUUGUUCUUGCUAUUAAAGCCAUUGCAGUGAGGUUCCUAACCAAGAGAUUCAUUGGGGAAUAUGAUUCAUCUCAGGGUAUGUUCCUCCGUUUACUAGAUCGAAAAUUUUUUAACACUUCACUCGCAGAAUGAAAAAUGAGUCUUGUAAGGUAGUUCUAUUUAUUAUUAAGGUAGUGCUAUUUGUUUUUAGCAUUUUAAAAAAAUGAAAUUUAGACAUUUUGCUGCCUUUAACUUUAAGCACUUCUGGGAUUGAAAGGGUUAAUCAAGUUUAAGGUGUGGUUUUAACAAUCCCAAUUUCCGUCUUUAGACUUCACGUACCAGUUCACCGCAACCAUCGACGAUGAUCAAGUAAACUUGGAGAUACUAGACCCAGGUCCCGAGGUUAGCAUGAAUUUUACAAGUAGCUGUUGUGUUUCUAAAGUGGACAUUGGUUUCCCACUUUUAGCUUUCAUACAUAUUCGCUCAGUGCUUGAUCGUUGUAAUAAAAUGGGACUUUUUUCAGAAAUGACAUACAUACAGUUCCAUCCUUAAUUGAACAUGAAAUAAUAACCGAAUGGGGUAGGCUGAGCAAUUACACUGCGAUCAGGUGAGAAAGAGGGAGGGGAGGGAGAGUUUUAGGGAGUGGGGGCAGCAUGGUAGUAGAACUUAAUAGGAACUGACAAUCACAAAGUUCCUCCAACCAAUCAAGUUCGAAGCUUCAUAGGUCUACGAUGAGAAGCUCAAAUCAGCUCACCUUAAUUCUUUUGUCUUAUUUUCAGUCGACAGGAGAAAGUUCAUUGGAAAGCCGUACGCUUUGGGCCGACGGUCUGGUACUCGUAUACUCGAUAACUGAUCGGAAAAGUUUCGAGGAAGUUCGAGAUUUACACAACCUUCUCAUCCCAUUCAAGCAGAAAAUCGUGGUAAUGAUCGUCGGAAACAAAUCGGAUCUCGAACACGAACGACAGGUAUCGAAGACCGAAGGAUAUUCGUUGGCGGAAAUUUUUAAAUGCAUGUUCGUCGAGUGUUCGGCGUCUGAUGGAUACCCUAAGAUUGCUGAAGUGUUUCACGAGUUAUACAGAGAGGUUUUGAAGAGAAAAAAAGACAGACGGAUGUCUCUUUCGCCUCGACCCUUGCGCGCUCUCGGUAAAGUUUUCCGGCGAAAUAGCAGCAAAAAUUUGCUGCUGGCACCUGGUAGUCCGAGUUUGUAA